AGUGACCGAUAUGUUCCUCUUUUUUUUUUUUCAUUUUUGUUUUACCAGUUUCACCGCUUGACUCAUUUCAUAGUCCAAAUUAUUAACUCGGUGGAGUCAAGCUUCUUCUUCAAGAUCGUCGAUAAUGGACGAAAUUGAACACAACUACGUCGAAGUGAACGGGCUAAAGCUUCACGUUGCCGAAAUCGGAAGUGAAUCGUCGCCGGUAGUGGUGUUUCUGCACGGAUUUCCCGAAAUAUGGUACUCUUGGCGCCACCAGAUGAUUGCAGUUGCCAAGGCUGGUUUCAGAGCAAUCGCACCAGAUUGUAGAGGGUACGGGUUGUCUGAUCCUCCACCCCAACCCGAGAAGACCGUCUUUUUGGAUCUGAUAUUUGACCUUCUUGCAAUUCUUGAUGCUCUUAACAUCUCCAAGGUUUUUCUGGUUGGCAAAGAUUUUGGAGCUUCCGUUGUUUCGAUAUUUGUCCUCCUCCAUCAGGAGAGAGUUUCAGGGUUCGUGACAUUAGGCAUGCCAUUUAUGCCUCCACAACCUCCCACACAUCAUAAGCCCCUUCCUGAAGGCUUCUAUUUUCUCAGAUGGAAGGAGCCUGGACGUGCUGAAGCUGAUUUUGGUCGAUAUGAUGCUAAAACGGUAGUGAGGAAUAUUUACAUCAUGUUCUCCAGAAGCGAAAUUCCAAUAGCUCAAGAGAACCAGGAGAUCAUGGACUUGGUAGAACCCUCUACUCCUCUACCCUCUUGGUUCUCUGAGGAAGAUCUUGCCGCCUAUGGAACCUUGUACGAGAAAUCUGGAUUUCAAACUGCACUGCAAGUUACUUAUAGGGCGCCUUUUGAUCGGAAUGGGGAACAGGAUAGUAUACCGAAUCCAAAAGUUGAAGUUCCAGCUCUUCUAAUAAUGGGCGAGAAGGAUUAUGUUUUCAAGAUGCCGGGAAGGGAAGACUACGUAAGGAGCGGAGAGGUGAAAACAUUUGUACCCAAUUUGGAGAUAAUCUACAUACCAGAAGGAACUCAUUUUGUUCAAGAGCAAUUCCCUGACCAGGUGAACCAGCUAAUCCUUAAUUUCCUCAAAGGCCAUGGUUGAUCAUUUCUCUUCAACAAGCCCUUUGUUUGUGUAAACAUUCUACUAUAUAAAUGGGAAUUUGUAUUAUUGAGUUUGAUUAGAGACACUGGGGUCUCGUGUUUUGUUGUAGAGUCUGCUUGCUGUACAAGCCCUGUGAAACAAAAUCCUCACAAUGCAUGGGUGGGGUGUGGGGGAAUAUAUUUAUAAAUAAUCAGCCACCCCUCCAUGCGAGGAUUCUGUAUAGGCCUGUACAUCAGGCAAAAUUCUUUGUUAAACUAAAUAGUUUGAUGCAUGACCAA